GAGAGGUGAUUGGCGGAAGGUCUGAUCACGUACCGGCUCCUAUGUAAUCCAGGUCGGGUGACGCAGACUGACCGGCGUCGCUGUAUGGCGUGCGUGCGUUGCGUCUCAUGCUGUUUACUGGUUACUGAGGAGAAGUCAGAAUAGAGGAGGUAGGGGCCGCGUCCAAGCAGUCUGUGGAGCCCACAACACCGCACCCUAGGCACGGGAAACAGCCGUUUGCUGUAUGCUACAUCACCGACCGCCCGUUGGUUGCUCCAGCGAUUCUUCCUAGGGACCGGCUGUAUGAUUAAGAUACAAUCUUCAAUGAGUAAGCAUAGCCCUCAGUUCUGUGGUGUUCUUGGUCACACAUUUAUGGAGUUUCUGAAGGGCAGUGGAGACUACUGCCAGGCACAGCAUGACCUAUAUGCAGACAAGUGAUCUGUAGAAGAAAUUCAUUACUACUCCACCAAGAAACCCCCCUAAGGGUUGUCAACCUGUUCACGAAGUGUUGGAAUAAAUUUGGCGGAGCACUUUAUGUAAGGGGCUGAUAUCUGGAUGGGGUAAACCUCAGUGCACUGCAUUUCUUUUGCCUCAGUAUUACUGGAUUGAAGAUUUGCUACUUUUGGGGAGGCUCAUUUCACAUCCAUUGCUUCCAUCCAUGCAAGCACUGAGAAAUUUAUGUGGAGUAGAGUGAAGUUUACUUCAGUUUAACAUAAUUUCUUUUCAGAGUAACUUUUUGUUUUGGUUCGCUUUUGAGUAUUGCACGAUUUUUUUUUUUCCUUUAACAAAAAUGGCACGAAUGAACCGCCCAGCUCCUGUGGAGAUAACCUACAAGAACAUGAGGUUUCUUAUUACCCACAACCCCACCAAUGCAACCUUAAACAAAUUCAUAGAGGAACUUAAAAAGUAUGGUGUUACUACAGUGGUGAGAGUUUGUGAAGCUACUUAUGACACUGCUUUAGUGGAAAAAGAAGGAAUUCAGGUUUUGGACUGGCCGUUUGAUGACGGAGCCCCACCAUCCAGUCAGAUUGUAGAUGAUUGGCUUAACCUCCUUAAAGCUAAAUUUCGUGAAGAACCUGGCUGCUGUAUUGCUGUACAUUGUGUAGCUGGACUUGGAAGAGCUCCAGUACUUGUUGCCCUUGCACUCAUUGAAUGUGGGAUGAAAUAUGAAGAUGCGGUUCAAUUUAUAAGACAAAAGCGUCGUGGAGCGUUUAAUAGUAAGCAGCUGCUCUAUCUGGAGAAGUAUCGUCCGAAGAUGCGGCUACGUUUUAAAGAUUCCAAUGGACAUCGGAAUAACUGUUGCAUUCAGUAGAAGUUGACUUCUGGUUGCAAAAAAAAUGAAUGAGAAAUGCAAACCUGGGCAAAAUCCAAUGCUAACAUCUAGUUUUAAUGUUUUUAGGUCAAGCAAUGCUUUGGAAAAAUGUGUAGGUCACUGCCCAUAGCAGUUGCAAAACUGCUGAUGUCAAAUAAUCAUGUAACUGAGCUUGAAUUUGCGUAUUUGUUGUGUGUGUUUUUCUUUUUAAUUGAUGUCCCUCCUGAUUCUGUAUAAUCGUGCAGUUCAAAAAUUGUCAUUUUGGUUUCCUUAAGGCUAGUGUCGGCUGAUAACAAUGCCAAAAGAUUUAGCACAUCUUACAACGUCACUUUCCUGUGCAAUUUGUCAGAUGUAGAUUCUGGCAAGAUUUUAAAAGAAGGUUUCAGUAUUUGCUGGGUGCUCACUGUAUGUUUACAUCUUUCACAAUGUCAGGACUUGCGCACAUCUAUGGUGUACAGGUAACUUUUUCCUUUCCUAAAUUGCCAAUCAUUCAGACAUUAAGUAGGCUUUAUGCCAUAUACAUCUUGGUAUUCUUUUCCCCAAUCUUUCUGUUCUAUAGAAGCACAGACAACAUGGUAAUUCUCCAGACAAAGCCUUACUGUUUUGAAUUUAAUGUGUGCACCUUGUGGUGCAUCUUGAUAUUGGAGGACCUUUAUAGUGUUUUUAUUUCUAGUAAAAUGUUGCCUUUGUCUUGUGCAGGAAGUACAGAAUAUGCCCUUGUUUUUUUUGUUUUUCUUUAAAAUAUUUUUAAAAUGUAGAUGCUUUAAAGAGGUUGCUGGAUUCUUAAAGGUCCUUUCUUUUACUGUACAUUCACACAGUUUUUCAACAUUUGCUUUGUGACUUUAAUUUUACCCUUUCCUAGGGUUCUGCUUUUGCCAAGGCAGAGCUUAAUGUCUGUAACAUAUGUUUUUUUUUUUUUUUUUUUGUAUGCCUUUUGAGCAGUGUAACUUAAUAUUUGGAUACUUGAUUUGUUUUAAUAUGUAAUUGAUUAUUAAAAAAAUGGUGUUCUGUAUUAAUGUUAGCUCAACCAUAUAUUUAUACCGUCUUGGGAAUGUGUGGUGUUAGUACUGUGGGAGAAAGUUACCAGUGUUCACCAGCUUGUAAAAUGUAGUAUGAAAGCAAAAACCUCUAAAUAAAGAAGGAUAUUAAAUCUGCUGUU